UGUUGUCUCUCUUCUAUCAGAGAAACCCUAAAGCUUAAACCCUAACCAACUUUUCUCUUCUGGAACAAAAACCUGAACGCCAUUUCUGAGACCAUUCUUCCCAUUGCUCUGCUGAGCCCUCCAGCAUGAACAACAAGAGAGGCUCGGGCCCUAAGGGAUCAAAGAAGGGCAAGGCUUCUUCGCUCACCGACGAUGCAUUCUUCGGCAAUGAUCCCAAGAGGCGGCGGAAGAAGACCAAGAAUGAAGAUUUUAUUGAGAGCAGCGAUUCCGAAGAUUUUUUUUCCGGUUCCGACGAAGAUGGUGGAGCCAACGGUAAUGAGAAUGAGGUGGAAGAGACUGUGGACGAGACUAGGAAGAGGUUGGCGACUGAGCUUUUGGAGAAAAUGAGAAAAUCGGCCAAGGAAGAUGAUGAUGAUGAUGAGGGAGGAGAUAGUGGUAAGGAAAUUGAGGAAGGAGAGAGAGACUCUUUGGUUGCUCAGAUUUUGCAGCAGAAGCAGCUCGAGGAAAGUGGCCGGCUUCGAAGAUCAGUCGCUUCGAGGCUCCAAAAGCCAGAAGCUUCUGAUCAGUUUCAAGUAUUAGUGAAGCAUCGGCAACCUGUUACAGCUGUGGUUCUAUCAGACGAUGACUUGAAGGGCUUUUCUGCUUCUAAAGACGGUACUAUUUUGCAUUGGGAUGUAGAAAGUGGGAGAGGUGAAAAAUAUAGAUGGCCUAGUGAUGCAGUACUAAAGUCCCAUGGGGCCAAGGAUCCACAAGGCCGGGCUAGUAAGCACAGUAAACUUGUUUUUUCGUUGGCUGUUAGCUCAGAUGGACGAUAUUUGGCAAGUGGAGGUUCUGACCGUCAUGUUCAUUUAUGGGAUACUCGUACAAGAGAACAUAUUCAGGCAUUUCCAGGGCACAGAGGACCUGUUUCAUGCUUAACAUUUAGGCAAGGGACUUCUGAACUUUUUUCUGGUUCAUAUGAUCGAACUGUCAAGAUAUGGAAUGCAGAGGACAGAGCCUACAUAAGUUCUUUAUUUGGUCAUCAAAGUGAAGUGUUGACCAUUGAUUGCCUACGAAAAGAGCGGGUUUUGACGGUUGGACGUGAUAGGAGUAUGCAGUUGUUUAAGGUACCUGAAGAGUCACGAUUAGUGUUCCGUGCCCCUGCUUCCUCUCUAGAAUGUUGUUGCUUUAUUAGUAAUGAUGAAUUCUUAUCUGGCACUGAUGAUGGAAGUGUUGAGCUGUGGAGCCUACUGCGAAAGAAGCCCGCUUACAUUGUCAAGAAUGCACACGCUUUGUUGGCUUCAAACAAGAACUUAGAACAGAAGGAAUGCCCAAGAAUUCCUAACGGCCACAUAGAAAAUGGUAACCACACCUCUGAAAGGUUUGUUUCUUCAUCUGUAUAUUCCUGGGUCAGUUCAGUGGCCGUCUGUAGAAGUAGUGACCUUGCUGCAUCAGGAGCUGGUAAUGGUUCUGUUCGUUUGUGGAGUAUUGGGAGUGAAACCAAAGACAUUCAACCCUUAUACAAUCUACCUGUGGUUGGGUUUGUGAAUUCCUUGGCUUUUGCAAAAUCUGGAGAAUUCCUUAUUGCUGGAGUGGGGCAGGAACCUCGCUUGGGAAGGUGGGGACGCAUCCCUACAGCUCACAAUGGAGUAGCAAUUCAUCCACUCAAGCUUUCUUAAGAUGGCAAAAAACAAUUUUGUAGCUUCCCAAUUUUUUUAUUAUACAGUGAGUUGAUAAUAUAAAUGAAAACAUUUUUCUUUUCCUGGUCAACCUUAAUAUAUGUGAUUGUGUUCAUUAUCA